CACCAGCGCUUCGUCAAGUUUACGAUCUGACAUGGCUCAUCACACUUCGCAUGUUUCGAGUGGUGAACGAACUCGAUGAUGGGUAUCAGCAGAAUCCUGGAACGUGGGAUCGUCGAGCUUUCUGCAGGCGUGUCCUGGCAAGAGUGAGUCCGGACUCUCCUACCAUGGAUGAAGGGUUCGGGCCACUCUUCACAAAACUUGCAACAGCCAAGCGUUUGUUGGCGGACGUGUGGGGACGAGAACGAGCAGAACACAGACGCGUUCAAAGGGCGAUAUCUGCUGAGGAGGUGGUGGCCCGGCAGGUCAACGGUAAAGAGCGGAUGCAGCGUUGUCAGCGGUCUAUUGGAGAUCCCGGUAGCGCGGAGCGUCGCCUGCAAGUGAAUCUCCUUUUAACUCCAUUAUCCCGAUUCCAUGAUGCACCUCGCCGACCAAACGAACGAGAAUGGUUGGAAGGCGUGGGCCGUGCAAGUUCCUCGUGAUCGUUACUACAUGGCCUGGUCAUUGCGAGAGUGUGGACUUCGUGACGGUCGACACCCGCUCUGCACGAUCCUCCGGGCGUUUGCACCUGAAGGCGCCACAGACGAUAACUGGAUGUUUGAUCUGGAGGCCCGAACGAGAGCGUUGAUUCAGAAAGGGGAACAGCUCCGAGCGGGUCUUCCCGAUGGCUUCUUUUCCGCGCAGAGACAGCGGGAUAGGAGUCUCAUGCGAUUCGCACCGGAAAGGGCGGCGUUGAUGCGACCCGCAACUGUCCUCGAAGGGCGGGGUAUAUUGAUCGACUCGCGGGGUCGCUUUACUCUCCGGUGGCUGCAGGGGACAACGCCGAUCAACCUCGACUUCAAAGUGCACAAGCAACUUGUCCCGGUAACCCCUACCGAGACAAGGUUUAUUCACUUUGUAGCAGAGGGUCUGGAGAUUCGCGACGAGGACGGCCUCCCUAUCGCAAAUCCUGGGUGCGGUGGAAAUACAAUUCUCCACGCGCGAGCUCGAGAUCUUGAAGCCCUUUGGAACGCUGAGCGCGCAGCCCUGGGGCCGGCCCCAGUGGCCCUUCCACCGCCUUCAAUCCCACCGGGCAGAGAAGCAUUUUCAUCCGGACAUCCGAGGAAUCGGAGUCGCGCGCGAGUCAGAUGGCAUCUCCCUCGGCCCAGGGCUCCGCUCGCCGAAGGAGAUGCCAUCUGGCUCUUGCGCGACUUUUGCAGGAGAGCAUCCGACGGGCGGAGUCAUACUCAUGGCCAAUCCGGAGUAGCUCCCCGACAGUUUGCAAGUGACCGAGAGAUCGUUUGCCGCACCUUUUCGCGAAUACCUCUCGCGGCGUUUGGAGCAUCCGUAUCACAAUUUCUGCAGCGGACUUCUUCAGGAUACAGGGCAAAAUGCGAAGCAACUAGUCAACAACGUGGAGUGAUUUUGCGAAAUAUUGGCAGAUGGUAAGAUCACUCGCCGUUACGGAGGCAAGGUGAAUCGCCCCCGACAACGGCAAACUGGGCCACCGACUAGGUCAUGGUAGGUCGGUAGAUGGCAGUGUUUAUAGGACUCUAGUCACGGAAUGUCACAUAGGAUGCGCCGAUGUCACGGUGGCGCAGCCGUGACAGCAAGCCACGCUGCGCCACACGAGCGCGCUUCCUAGUGUAUAUAUAACUGUCGACUAGUAGACCUCACUUAGUAGCACGUUUUCAUACCCAAAAAAAGGAUAUGGAUGUCACACAUACCUCCUGUAUGG